ACAGAUCACUCCUACCUCCAAUCGACUCCCCAACUCUCAUAUGAGCGGCAGUUGACGCGUCUCCCCCGGCGUGGUUCCCCGUGUGUUGCUGAGCUUCUCCCCGGGCCAUCAUGCCCGUCCUGGGCAGCCCAUUAUGUGCCGCCGCCCUGCUGGCUUUCGUGGUUAGCUCCGUAUCGGUGUCGCUCCUCAUCAGGAGUUUACAGCUGGGGGCGAAUAAAGGAAACAUGACCAAGGGAACCGCGGAGGACCAGGAUCUCAACUGGCGACGGAGUGCGCUGCUGCAUCAACUCAAUGAGAGACGCAAGGAGAUUAUUCCAUUGCUUUCGGCUCGCGGCAGUGAGAAGAAAAUGUUGGCAGAAUCUCGGUAUUUCCCCCAGCAGCAUCAGUCCUUCAGCGCAAUGUUUGACUACAAUCUGUGGAACGAGAUCACGGAUGGAUCUAGGCGAAUGCUCAUGGAUGAGAUGGAUUGUGAUUCCCUGGUCGGCGUGCAAACCGGGAACGUCCUGGGCUCCGGAUACACGAAGCUGGUUCUCAAAGUAGUUCUGCGCGAAGACCAACCGGUGGCGUUAAAGUUCGUCAACGAGCAGGGGAACGACAUGGAGAAGUGUCUGCAGGACUUCGGUGACCCACGGGGCUGCCUCGAACUCGUGGCGUACAAACUUAAAAAAGAAAUAGUGCUGCUGCAGAGACUGAAGCACCCAAAUAUCAUCAAGCUUAGAGGACACUGUAUGGAGGAACCAGGACAAGGCUUAGAGAGAGACGGAGGAGGAGGAGGAGGAAGAGUCACUGCCAUCCUGGAGCAAGGCUAUCCCCUCCAGAUGAUCCAGCUGCUGCAAAGCCCCUGGGAGGAGCGCUUCAGGGUGUGCCUGGGCCUGGUGCGCCUGCUCCACUUCCUGUCCCGCUCGCCGCUGGGCUCGGUGGGGCUGCUCGACUUCCAGCCGCGUCAGUUCGUCCUGGUGUCCGGCGAGCUGAAGCUCACGGACCUGGACGACGCCAGCGUGGAGGAGACCCCCUGCCGCUCGGACCGCGACUGCCUGCUGCAGUUCCCCCACAGGAACUUCACGCUGCCCUGCUCGGCGGCCGGGCUCUGCCGGGAUCUCAACCAGAAGAGGAACCUCUACAACGCCUACCGGUAUUUCUUCACCUACCUCCUGCCUCACCAGGCCCCGCCCGGCCUCACACACCUGGUGGACCACAUCAUGAACUCCACAGGGGAGCUGAGAGCUGACAUCAACCAGACACUGGGCUCCUUUGAAGAGAUUCUCCUGCUCUACAAGUCUGGCCUGCACCUGGACAACCUGCCACCAUCAAUAAUCAGAGACUACACGGUGAUGCGGGGCCUGGCCACCGCCGGGGACGUGGAGUACCGCUGCUGGCCGUCCUUCAGCCCGCGCGGCUGCGUCCUGGCCGUGCACAGCGCCCUGGAGGGCAUGGCUCUGUGCAGCGCCCACCCCCAGUGCACCAGCUUCAGCCUGAGCGGGGAGACCACCUGGAGCGGUCACCUCUUGGCCUCCUUCAGGAGCGGCUUCAGUCACCUGCUCCCCGACGGCCGGUCGGAGGUGUAUCUGAGGAGAGCCAAGGCUUCUGAACCGUCAGGGGUCUGAUACCACGGCCCCCCCCCCCCCCCCAGACCCCUUUUUAUCAGGGGCCCCCCGGUGUUUAUAAUAACGGACCAUGAAGAGGAGGAGGUGGAGCCACAGGGGGCCUGGGCCCUGGGGGGGGGGGGGGGGGGGGGCACGGAGCAGAGAUAGAAAUGCUAACGCAUGCUGAUAUCACCUCAGGGCAUGCAGACCAGUCAUGCACCACUUCUCCCUGACCCCACCGCCACCACCACCCCCACCACCACCACCAGCCUCCCAGUCCUGUUAAUGGAGCUUAAUGACUACAGGAAGGACCUAGUUGUGUGGGGUCACGGCUGGGGUUGGCUGGUGGAGACAGAGGGGGAUGGGUGGAGGGUGAGGCAGGAGAACCCGAUGUAUUUGCAGCUCUUCUGCUGGGGUCUCGAUGUGUCGGCCAGCUCACGGACUCUGAGACGACCGUUUAAGGGGUUCCCUUCAGGUGCCUCGCUGGAGAGCAGCGGCCGCCUGCUGCCGGGGGUCUCCAGCCCGUCUGUCAGUGGCGUCUGCUGGUUCUUAGAGAGGCAGGCCCCUGUAGUAACGGCCGGGAAGCAACUAAACCAAACAAUAAGGACCUGAACCGGGGUCCCGGGAGCUGCAGGAGGAGCGGGUUCGUAUGGUAACACUCUGAUGUUAAAUGGCAGUUUUCCCGCUCCUUACUCGGUUUACCGACUUUGGACUGGGCUGAGUCACCAAAGAAACAUUUCUACGGAAACUAAGAUUUAUACCAUUCCUGAAAUAUGUUCUUACUUCUUCUUGCUACUAUUUUCCGAUUUUGUCUUUCACAAAUAUUUAUGACGGCUUUUUUUAUGCACUUUCCGUGCAUUUUAGUAAUUGAGCACCUUGUGGGUGUAACUGUUGUUUUCAGUGAAAAAUGAUGCGCUUAAUAGAUUUUUUUUAUAAACAUAAAUCAUUGCUUUUGUUUUUACAUUGUGUAAUUUUUUUUUAUCAUUGUAUAAAUUGAUCAUUAUAUUCCUUUGGUCUUCUUGAUUUAUAAGAAAUUUUCUGUCGACAUAAAUUCUGAUCCAUGACCUGAAAACAAUCAAAACAUUGUAACUGGAGUAACUGCAUAAAAAAACAGGAUAAAAUCGAGGGUGUGCCGAUUGAGAUAAGACCGAUUUAAUUUAAUUGGUAAAUAAUUCAAUUGUCGUGUUUGUGUGUGUCCCUCCCCUGUUGUGUUUCCUUAUCCCAUCCAUUACCCCCCCCAACCCUCAAUGCUCCAUAGAGUUGAUCCAAUACCACGGAACGCAUUCAAAUGGACCCUCAUGCUGAGCUAAUUAUGAGCCUUAAUUAAUCCAUGUAAAUGAGCCAUACCUACUGUCCCUUUCACAUGCAGGAGAGUGUGGGGCAUUAGGGCCACACAAUGGCAGCCGGGCCACAAUAGGGGCUAAGUCUGCCGUUAGCACACGAAUGGGGCCGCCAUCUGUGCUUGCUGAGUAACCUGGUGGGCGGGGGCCGCAGCCACCAGGUUUGGAGGUUUUGUGAGAAAAGUUCUGCUUCAGAAUAACAUUCGACACGACAGUCGAUUUUAAAAGGUCAGUGGUGCUGGAGGUGUUGGAUUAAAAUAACAGGGAGUCGUAAAACAAGGUGGAUCAACCCAGCCUGCUUCUACUCCUACGGCCUCUUUGCCCCUGACCUGAACAGGCAUGUCCCCCCCCCCCCCGCCAAAAUAACACUUUUACGGCUGGGUCAUUGGAGCGGCCCCUGGGGUCGUCCUUGCAUUGCUGUUGGCCCCUUGUUGUCUGGGGCAGAGCGGGCUGAUGAGAGCCUUAUUAUGGAGAUAAGGGGUAAGGACUAAGAUAAGAUAAGACUCCAAACCCACUAAGUGGACCUGAAAAUCCAGUUGAGUGAAAGAGGAGGAAGGAAUGGUCCUGACGGACAGAGAGUCCUCUCUGAGCAGGAAGGGAGUCUCUACCGCUGUGUCGGAGACGAACGUAGAACCUGCCUCUGGUUCUCUGGAUCAGCUCAGCGCCGGAACAUGUUGGGUUCAACGCUCGGAGACGACCAGCGAGAUCAGACAACCUUCUCUUCUCAUUGAGGAAAACGGAAUCAAGUCACUUUGCUAAAUGUAUUUAGUCAAAUCCAACAUAUGGCGUCUACAAAAGUAUUCAUUUAUUUACUCAGAAGUUUAUGGAGCAGGGACAAAUACAUUGUCAAUGUUUCAUAUAAAAUACUAAAUAGAUGCAAUGCAUCCAGGUUUCUCUCAAGACUAAUUUGUAACCCUUGUCCCUGGUUAGGCCUUUACUAAAAGUUACACAAGCAAAGUUAAACACAACAUAAUUAACUAGUAGUAUGGUAGUUUCAUAAACGGAAUGCACAGUAUUGCUCAGGAAAACUUGCUCACAACAAUAAACGCUAUCCUGACUUCAAUCUCAACUCCUUUUUAGCCCUGAGGAAAAACGGUCUUUGAAUCCUUGAACGGUUUGUCUGUGCUUUGUUUAAAAUGUGUGCUGUUCUUCCUCUUAUGUGCAAAAGGCUGAAACAACCCAUAAUCCUUUGUGUGAAGCUUUGCAUACAUAUUGCUGUGGAAGCAGUUUGCCUCUGCGUGUUUGCGAGCGCUUGAUUGUGAGAUAAGCUCUAACCAGCAUAGAAGUGAACUCCCAGAGGACUCUCCCAGUUCUCCCAUCGUCCCUUUAACUCCCUCUCUCAUUUGGCCUGAAAUAUGAACACAGCUGUCCACCGUCCAGCCACUCAUCAAGCAUUCGUUUCCUUUUGGAUCAGAAGUUGUCUUGGGCGUCCAGUCGCCUUUCCACCGCUCCUCUCUUUACAGCUC